UUCAUCAUGGGCAGACUGCUUGAGACGCCUGGAGCAGGCCCGUGCAGCAAAGGUCGGCAUGUCAUUAUCCCAGCAAAGCACAUAAGCGCUCGCCCUUCCUGAUUGCCCGAUCAAUCUUGCAUGCACAGCUGCAGGCACUCUCUACCUCCUAGCACGCUCAUCAAAACGACAAUCAAGAUGUCUGCCUUCUUCCUACCGUCUGGACAUCCGAAGACCGUCAUUGUCACAGGCGGAGCUGGAGGCAUCGGUGCUCAGACGAUACGCACCUUCCAUGCACAUGGCUGCAACGUAGUGAUUGCUGAUCUAUCCUUCGCAAAAGGUGCUGCCGAAUCUCUCAUUGCCUCGCUAUCAGAGCCAAGUCGUGCUCUCUUUCAUGAGACCGAUAUCACUGACUGGCAAGCUAUGCGCAAUUUGUUCAGGAGCACGAAAGAGAAGUUUGGUCAAGUCGACAUCGUCAUUGCAAACGCUGGGUUGAUGGAAAGCAUAGGCUUCUUCGACUUCGACGAGGACGAGACCGGUGAACUGAAAGAGCCAAAAGAGGCGUACAAGAUCAUCGAUGUCAAUUUAAAGGGCUCAAUGAACACACUCAGACUCGCGAUGCAUGCGAUGCAGUCAAACGAUCAGGACGCUGAUGGUGCACGAGGAUCGGUGAUUCUGAUUGCAUCAACGUCAGGGUACUUUGGUGGCACCAGUGUAGUCUCGUACAUUUCAUCGAAGCACGGUGUUGUUGGCUUAGCUCGAGCAUCGCAACGAAGAGCAGCUGAGCUGGAUGUGCGGGUCAAUGUAGUAGCACCAUUCUUCACGCCUACUCACAUCACUACCGGCUAUUCGGAGAAAUGGAGAGAGAGGGGCUUGCCAGCAAACACUGUAGAGGGCGUCGCUGAUACUAUCGUGACUACGAGUACUGAUCCCACAAGAAAGGGUCACAGCGUCAUGGUAGCAGGGAGCUUUGUGAAGGAGAUUGAAACGGCAAGAACAGCAUUGACAAAAGACUGGCUAGGCGAGGACAUCGCGAAUGUCAUGGCGGAAGGAGGCAAGUUCUUCGAUGAUAUGGGGGGUUACACUCUGCCGAAAGCCCGACCUUAGGCCACUAUAGAGGUAAUAGAACGCCGACGAACUUCGCUCCUUAACCAGUCA